GGACUUCUGUUCCUCAAAAACCAGUACACUUUUACGGCCUUAAUCCGAUGUCUCAGAUACAGGAAAUUACCGACAUGAAACUGGAGCCGCACGACCAUAAAAAGGCCCAACGCAGCUCUCCCCUCCCGCCGGGCGCUGCGCCUCUACUGACUCCAGCGCUGUGUCUCUCUCUCCUCUGCCUGACGACCACACCAAGAAGAAACGCACGGCCGCACGGGCACGGCACAGGCUGCACAGCAAUGCCCAACCCCUCCUCAACCCCACCACCGGCGCCCCCCGCCGUCGCCACUCGCCGGCGACGGAGGCUGCUCCUUCCGUCGACGUCCUCUUCCUCAUCCUCAGCGGUCGCCACGUCCGCCUCCUCUUCGUCGUCGUCCUCCGGCCUCUCCUUCUCCUUCCCGUAUUUCUCGCCGGCGCCCUCGCCGUUCCACCACCGCUUCCUCUCCCCGCUGCGCGCCUCCGCGGUGCCCUUCUCCUGGGAGCACCGCCCGGGCAUCCCCAAGACGCCCGCGCGCCAGGCGGCACGCGCCAGCGGCAAGGCCAAGACGGCGGCGGCGGCGGCGCUGCCGCUGCCGCUGCCGCCCUCCCUCCUCUCCAGCAAGGUCGGCGCCGCCGACGGGCCCUUCUCCUCCUCCGCCGCCGACGGCGCCAAGGCCACGCGGCGGCGCAGGCGGCCGCCGGCGCUGGCCGCCACUCUAACCGACUGGCUCGCCGUGCUCAGCCUCUACCGCUCGUGCACGCGGACGCGGUCACGCGACUGCCGCGCUCCGGCCAAGGCCCGUCUGAUCGAUCGGCUCACUUCUCACCGGUGACGGUGAGCUGCUGCUGAGCUCGCUGAUACUGAAGCAGCAGCUGCUUUGACGUGCUGGUGAGGUGAAUGGGGAUGGGGAUGCGUCGCACUCGCGUAGUCUGUGUCCCACCGUUAAUUAGGUUGUAAGCCUGACCGCUGAUCGGUGAGUAAGAGUAAGACACGGUUAUUAUUAAUGUGAAAGGCCGUUUGAGCUUGCUGUCGUGCUUUCCACUCGGUGUUAUAGGAGUACUAACCUUUUGCGUUAGUUUGGCCAAAACGGGAGUAUUUCUCUGCCGGUUAAUUUGGUAGCCCAUGUUAAUAAGGUUUCUCCCGUUUUCAAAUUCCUUUUGCCUUUGUUACUAUUAGUUUCCAUGUCCUCUAGUACUAGUAACGAAAACAAAUCUGCAAAUCUCGUAGCAUCUGUUUGUUUGAAAUGAAAGAGAGAGAAGCCAUGUCAAAGAA